CUUUUUUUUUUUAAAACACAUUCGAAAGGCACCAGUGGCAGGAAAACGCUUCACCAAAGGUUUUUUACUAUUUUAAAAUGACUUUUAAUGACUGCAGACUAUUUAUAUUAUUUUGAAGGCUAAUGCCAUUAACUACUAAAUCUUUUACUUUAAGACUCUAUUUAUACUUACACUUAUAAUGACUUAUACUCUUGUACUCUGGAACUGGAAUUUUAAAUAGAGUUUCUCAUGUCUCGGGUUUUCGCGUAUCGCGGGAAAACGGGAGACAAUGAAAACGUUUUGGCAAAUAUAUGUUUCUAUUCUUAUUCUUUUCUUUGAUAUCUAUAUCUAUAUCUAUAUAUAUAUAUAUAUAUAUAUAUAUUGUAAAUUUAUACUUAAAUCAAUUCUGUUUUGUUUUAGUUGUACUGAUAACGUCAUUUUCCGAAAAGUGUGCAUUUGUAUUCUGUGCUACCACUACCAUUAUUAAAGCUGAAAUUAUAUAGUUUUAUGUACACCAAUUGUUUGCGUCUCAUUAAUCUGUCUACGUGAAAGCUCUAUCGCAGUCAGUGUUACUUUCAGGCAGCGCUCUCGGGGAGGGGGUGGUGUCAAGUGGAGCAGUGUAUGCAACAACAAAACGAAAUUAUAUUUUAUUUUAAAAAAACUAGCAAAUUGUCACUUUUUAAACGAUUAAACAAAAUAGUCACUGGUGCCAUUAACCGAUUACAAUUAGUUGAAUCUGUGAACUAUCACUAUGCUCGAUAUACUUAAUGAUCCCAAAAUUUUUAGGCAUAUCUUGUUCGAAGCUUACACUUAAACUGUUCGAUUAUAAAUAUCGUAAUCGUACUGUUUCGUAAAUUGGCCGCACCCGAUUAUGUGCCGAAGCCUUACUUUAGGUUGUUCAAAUAUAUCGGGGUAUUUCGAUUAUAAUAUUAUUUUUGGCAGCUUCAAAAGUUUAAAGACAUUAAUAGAACGGGGUGCGCUCUUUUGGGGCUAUUGCACCUAAAUUGUGGAACAGUUUGCUUAAAUCUUUGAGGGACGAUAUUGAGAACUAUAAAAAGCCAUUUAAGAACAAUUUAAAGACCUUUUUCUUAAGGUUUUAGGACAUCAGAGCGCUGUGAACAGCCUAAAAUAGCAUGGACACAAGCACUUUAAAAGUACUCAAUCAACAACAUCAUACGUUGAGCUAGAACAAAAAAAAUGAAAACUAAACAAAAUUGAUAUAUUUUUCAAACAAAAAUGAAGAAUUUAACGGGCUCAUACAAAUAAUUGCGACAUUAUAAUUAUAUAAUUGAGUGGCAUAAUGGCAUGUCGUUUUCAGCCACUAAAAACAGCAAUUUUAAUCAUGCACGCGUCUUUUUUUCGAUACUCCGGUAAAAACCAGAAGUUAUCACUGACACUGCGCUUAGGGUGAGACAACUCUUGCCAAAUCCAUGCCUUUAACUACACAUUUACAUUACAUUUCAUAUAACAGCCUACCCACUAUGGCCCAUACUGUACAAAAAUUGGGGUCAGGAUAUAAAUACAGAUAUUUGUAUUACAUUUCUAAGGCUAUUUUCACUCUACUCUAUUGACAGGUGAAGUAUUCUGAGAGAGCGCGAAGGGGAAAAAAGACUUACUUUAGCUAUGGACGGAUGCCUUUGCUAGUACUUUCUUUAGUAAGAUGCCCUUGCUUGCUAACAAACUUAGCAUUGUCAUACUCAGAAGAGUUUCCACACAUUGCGGCUCUUUUCUCAACUGAAAGAAAAUAAACAUGCAGUCAUUUCAAUAUCAAGACCCAGACAGUUAUCAUUCAUUAGGCCUAUAUAUCUAUCUGGGGUAUGCAGCACAUAUAUUUCCACAUAGAUCCCAUUUUAUAUGUCUAAAAGUAACACAUAAUUAAUUCAUAUAAAGGGUAUGGUUUGUUAGAGAUUCAAUAAGUUAGACCACAUACAGCUACGAUCGAAUUACAGAUACAGACAGUAGCCGAAUUUGCCGCCAAAAAAAAGCAACUUUGACUUUGAUGUCAUGUUAAUAAUUAUAGAACUAUAUUCAAAAUAGAAUAACAUAACCAUAAAAAUAUAAAGUCAUGGCACCUUCCUAGCUUGAUUUUAAAUGCCAACAGAAAGGAAGUAACCAUCAUAACCGUCACAUGACGGACCGAAUAUAGACCUCACGCGACCAGCCGGGUCCGAAUAGCCAUUUUGUCUAAGCCACACUGAUAAUAAAAAUGUAUAGCAAAAGCAAGCCCAGCAGAGCCGUGGCUUGACUUUUUGAGGCCCCCCUGCCACUUUACGGUUUUGUCCUCCUCCUCUUUGCAUUCAAAGUUAAUAAUUAAAAGCCCUAAAAUACCUGAGGUCCUAUGGGUUGCAGGGCGAAGCACGAUGACACAUACGUUUUUAAUUAGCAUCUCUCCCGCUGCCCUCCAAUUACGUGCAGAAUGUUGCGAAACUAAUUUCGCGUAUUGUUCUAAAAUGCUUUCUUGGAUUUUAAAUGACCAAACAUACUCUGGCUUCUAAAAAGUUUCAAGGGGCGAGAAUAACAUGGGGCACAAAGAAUACCCCCAAGGGCGCGCCACAACUGGAAUGAAUUUAGUUCAUGUUGGCCUGGGGCGGAGUUAGAGAUAUUCUUGAUAAUUAGUAUGGCUAAUUUUUGCGCUUCCCAUCCUAAAGUCUGAAAUGCCACCUAAAAAAGAGUCCGAUAGAAACAUCAAAUUUUAGGAAUAUGCCAAAAUACAUCCUUUCAUUUUGAAUUCGCCAAAGAGUCUUGGAUGCCCUCAAUUUCUGCUCAUCUCUUCCCGUUCGUUGAUCUGUGUGACAGCACGGGGUUGAAUCUAAGGCUUUGCCUAUAUGAUUAGUCUGGAGUCAAUUCAGUUUAUGUAUGUCACCUAUGUAUGUGCCAUAAUGCCUCUCCCAGAAGUUAAAAAAAAAUUAAUUCCACCGAUGAAAAGAAACACUGAAUUCAGGUACACCACGAAAAUGCACGUCUCGAUUUUAAAAUAAUCAAAAUUGUUCUGGGGAGGUGACUCCACAGACCCUAUUUACGCACUCUCUUUCAAGAUACAAACUCUUCAGCUACCCGAAAAUGCCGCCCCUCUAUAUCAUUGAAAAUUGGCAUAUUGGUGGACCACCCCAUUCGGUCCACUUUCUACGCCUCUGACAGAAGCGUAGCUAGAGAUUUUGAUGACAGGCGAUAAGAUUCAUUUUAAUCACCCCUACCCCGCCUCAACGCUGAAACUCAUUAUUUGUAUCAAUUAAAUACCACCCAAAGCCCAUUGUGCGCUCCCGCAAGUCUGGCGCUAGGGGAGAUCUGUCCCCUUUGCCCCCUCAGCUACGCAUCCGGCCACUGGCACUGCGCCCCAGCCUCGAAAAUCUGAAAGAAAAACUGAUCACAGUACAACACACUUAAAAUAAGUUAAUUUUCUUUAAUUAAGAUUUACCAUUUGGUGUACAAGGUUAGCAAUGAAAACAAAGAAGUGUGCAGAUUUUAAGCUCAUACAGGUACACUUUCUUAUACGCAAAAACAAUUUAUUCUAAAGAUAUAAAAGUUCUUUGUCUUCUUUGUUGAUUUCGCUCCCCCUUCUAGUAGUGCCCUCGCACCGUGUCCAGACACACCUUCAAGUAGCCCCCUCGCACCAUGUCACGACACACCUUCUACAGCCCCCUCGCACCGUGUCCAGACACACCUUCUAGUAGCCCCCUCGCAACAUGUCCAGACACAACUUCUAGUAGUGCCCUCGCACCGUGUCCAGACACACCUUCUAGUAGCCCCCUCGCACCGUGUCAUGACACACCUUCUAGUUGCCCCCUCGCACCAGAUCCUGACACACCUCGCAACAUGUCCAGACACAACUUCUAGUAGUGCCCUCGCACCGUGUCCAGACACACCUUCUAGUAGCCCCCUCGCACCGUGUCAUGACACACCUUCUAGUUGCCCCCUCGCACCAUGUCCAGACACACCUUCUAGUAGCCUCCUCACACCUUAACUUGACACACCUUCAAGUAGCCUCCUCACCUCACACCGUAGCUUGACACACCUUCUACUAGCCUCCUCGCACAGUGUCCUGACACACUUUCUAGUAGCCCCCUCACACCGUAGCUUGACACACCUUCUUGUAGCAGCAUCGCAGUGUGUCUUAACACAUCUUCGGAACACCUCUUCAAAUGUCCAUAGAGAUAAUUACAUAACUGGGUAGGAAAAAAACCAACUUUAUUUACAAAAAAGAAAAAAAAACACACACCUCACCCUGCUCAAAGAUAGAAAAACAACAGCAACAACAAUUGACCAACAUAAACAAAUAUAUGUGUUUUCUAUGAUUCAAGGUGCUGGUAGACAUCAUUGUAAGCCUGUACAAAGAUGGGUAACGAACUUGAAAAAGCUGCCAAGGAGGCGGCUGAAACGAUGGGAAGACCAUCCUCACGGACGGCACCGAGUUUGGAGGAUCUGCACAAGAUGCAGGAACAGAUGAAAAAACUUUUCGAUCAGGCAGGUGGCGAUGACGAUGAUGAGGAUAAAGGAUCCCCGGGAGUCUCUUCCAAGAAGAGCGUUAACGACCUCAUCGGGAGACUAAACGAUCCAGCUUUCAAAAGCAGGAUACCGGUAGACGGAAAUAAAAACUUGCUGCAGAAACUCGCCGAGAAUACACAGCAUGUAAAUAUUAUAGAUUCUGUAGUGGACGCCACUCCCCUGAUGGUGUGUGCCGUGCAUGGGAGGAAAGAAGAUGUCAUUCGAAUUAUCCAGAGGGGCGCGACAGUCGAUAUGCGGAACCUUUCCGGUUAUACGGCAUUGCUGAUAGCGAGUGCUGCCGGGAAGGAAGAAGUUGUAGAAAUUCUUGCCAAGAAGACUACGGAUAUUAACAUGACAGAUUAUGAAGGAGACACCGCGCUACACUUGGCCAUAAUGGGUGGACAUGAAGGAGUUGCUCGUGAUUUGUUGGACAACGGUGCAGAUUUUAAGAUCAAAAAUGACAAUGGCAGUGACGCCUUGAGUCUAGCAGCACAAAAAGGCCUGAAGACGACUGUGAAACUUCUCAUUGACAAAGGAGCCGAUGUCAACACCAGAGACAUACGCCAAUGGACACCUCUGAUGAACUGUGCCGUAAGGAACCAUUAUGAAGUGGCUGAGCUACUGAUUGAGAAGGGAGCGAAUGUGAACGCCGUACAAAUAUCCGGAGGGACAGCUCUUGAAAUCUGUGCAGACCAUGGCCACGUGGAGACGAUGAGAGUCUUGCUGAAAAACAAAGCGGAGAUUAAUCACGCAAACAAAUUAGGAUUUACUUCCCUUUUGGUUGCAGCCAUCAAAAGCCGAAAAUUGGCUGUGAAAAAAUUAUUAAAAUACGGAGCUGAUGUAAACAUUACGGGAAAAGAUGGAAGGUCCCCACUGUUUGUCAGUGCACUGGAUGGCAAUAAAAGCAUUGUUGAAAGUCUACUGAAGUUAAAAGCGGAUCCCAACAUAUCCGACAAUGACGGAGACACGCCUUUGAUGUGCGCAUGUCAACAUGACCACAUUGACAUUGUGGAAAUGUUGCUGGAUGCUGGGGCUGAUGACAUGAUGUUUAACAUGGAAUAUAGCAGCGCUUUGUCAGCAGCUGUCCAAAAAAACCGGAAACGGAUUGUCAAACUGUUGCUGUCAAGACAACCGAGCCCAUACCCGAACAUAAAUUUCAGGGCUAAGAAUGGGAUGGGACUCCUGCAUCAAGCGUGUCAAACUGGCAAUAAAGACAUUGUCAAAAUGCUCAUAGAUCAUGGGGCCGAUGUCAAUUUAAUGGGACCCAAAGGUCAAACAGCUCUCUGCAACAGUGCUGACAAUGGACACACAGAGGUGGUGAAAACACUUCUUAACGCCGGGGCACUGAUCGAUGUGUGUGAUGACGAUGGAGAUAGUCCUUUGCUUAAUGCCUCAGGUAAAGGGCAUAAAAAUAUUAUCAAAGAUUUGCUGAACGCUGGUGCAAAAGUUAACGUCUCCAAUGCCAAAGGUCAAACACCUUUAAUGCAGGCUGCGUAUGGGGGACAUUUAGACAUCGUUGAACUGCUUGUCGAUAAAGGCGCUGAUGUAAACGCCAUUGAGAGAAAAGGGUGGAAUGCUCUGAUGCUGACGUCACAAUUCGGUCACACGCCCACUGCAACAUUUCUCAUAGACAAGGGAACGAACGUUCACAACCAAUCUAAAGCUGGGGUCACUAACCUUGACAUCAGCGCUGGACACGGUCACACUGAAAUUGUACAAGCCCUUAUAAGUAAGGGAGUAACUGUAGAUGCCACAGAUGAAGAUGGGUCAACUCCUUUGAUAAAAGCAGCGAAAGAAGGACACAUUCGUUCAGUAAAUGUUUUGAUAGACAAUAAGGCCGAUGUCAAUUACACCAACUCAAACGGACAGUCUCCUUUACUUCUGAGCACGCACGAAGGCCACGCUGAAGUUGUCGACAUUCUCCUCCAAGCUGGUGCUGAUGUCAAUAAAACAGAUGAUGAAGGAAUCCCGCCAUUGCAUCUUGCCGCGCUGAAAGGUCACAGGCUUAUCGUGGAGGCGCUGAUCAACGCUGGUGCUCGGGUGGAUGCGAUCAGUAAGAACAAGAGGACGGUGUUGAUGAACGCAGCCAACCACGGAGACCCUGAAAUUGUGAGGAUCUUGAUCAAAGCAGGAGCCAGUGUGAACCAGUGCGGGGACAACGGCUGGACACCACUGAUGCAAUGUGGGCAGUUUGGGAAAACCGAGUGUAUGAGGGUUCUUUUGGAGAAUGGAGCAAACACAGAAUCCCAAGACACCAAAGGUGAUACAGUUUUUCAUAUCUGCUCUGCAAACGGUCACAAAGACGCGGUUCGCUUGCUUUUAGAGAACAAAGAAAAGGCCACAUUAGCCAACAACAGUGGUUUCACACCUUUGAUGCUGGCAAGUCACAAUGGGCAUGCUGAGAUUGUCCACUAUUUGUUACGUGACCAGGAAGUCCUUGAGAACCUGAACAUGAAAGAAUAUGAGAGAGGCGACACGGCUUUGAUUAUUGCUGCAAGGAAAGGGAAGGCGGACAUCGCCAGGGCGCUGAUCACAGGGGGCGCUGACGUCAACGCCACCAACAAACAUGGCAGUACGUCACUCAACAUCAGCUCACAGUAUGGGCACAAGCCUGUUGUGGAUGAUCUGCUAGAGAAGAAAGCUGAUGUUGGUCUUGCCGAUUCUGACGGAGACACUCCCCUGUUAUCGUGUGCACCCAACGGGCACCACCUGGUCGUACAAGCCCUUAUAAAGGCAGGGGCGGACAUCAACAAAAGGAACAGCAACGGGAAAACAGCUCUGGUGUUGGCAGCGGAAAACGGCCACCGCCAGACAGUGGUGACUCUUCUUGACCACAAAGAUGACAUGAAGACGGAAGAUUUUCAGCGUGCCAUGUCAGCUGCCUUAAAGCAUAACCAUCCAGAUAUCUCUGAGAAGAUCAAGGAAACAACAGGACUAGAGUUGGACACAGGUGAGAUCACACAUUUUUUUCAAAGCAAUGUGUUUAUGGCGGAAUGAUCCAGACUAAAAAAUUUGGUUCUAACAUAACAUACUAGACGAUCGAAGCUUAUAAAUCAAACCUUAGUUGUUGUUUUUUUUAAAAGGCCCUCUUUUUUUUUCUUUCUUUUUUUAAUUGGUAUCGGUGAGAAUAUUACAUCUCGGCUUAAUAGUUUAUUUCUACCUAAUCAUUAGUUGUAAGGAAAGACAACAAAGGAAAGAACACAUGGUAUAAAAUUAAUUUUUAAUGAAUGUUUCUAGACCUGGAACAGGUGCCACUCAACCCAACAAUCAUCACGACAAUCUAUGGCUUUGGAAGCAUGUUUGACCAAAUAGCCAGAGAAGCCAAGUGAGUGAUUCAUAGAAGUAAAGUCCCUUCCCGUAUGUCUCUGUUUUCUAAUUUUGUUAAGAAUAUAUAUAUAUAUAUAUAUAUAUAUAUAUAUAUAUAUAUAUAUAUAUAAAAUAUGAUAAAAAAUAAUAAAUAAAGACUUAUAAAAACAGUCUAUGUAUAUAUGAUGAGUCUCAUGAUAUUCAAUAUGAUGUGUCUAAUAUAUAUAAAAUAUGAUAACAAAUAAUAAAUAACGACUUAUGAAACCAGUCUAUGUUCAUAUGAUGAGUCUCAUGCCAUUCAAUAUGAUGUGUCUAAUGCCAUUCAAUAUGAUGUUUCUAAUGCCAUUCAUUGUGAUGUGUCUAAUGCCAUUCAUUGUGAUGUGUCUAAUGCCCUUCAUUGUGAUGUGCCUAAUGCUAUUCAUUAUGAUGUUCUAAUGCUUUUUAUUGUGAUAUUUCUAAUGCCAUUCAUUGUGAUGUGCCUAAUGCCAUUCAUUGUAAUGUGCCUAAUGCCAUUCAUUGUAAAGUGCCUAAUGCCAUUCAUUAUGAUGUGUCUAAUACCAUUCAUUGUGAUGUGCCUAAUGCCAUUCAUUAUGAUGUGUCUAAUGCCUUUCAUUGUGAUGUGCCUAAUGCCAUUCAUUAUGGUGUGUCUAAUACCAUUCAUUGUGAUGUGCCUAAUGCUAUUCAUUGUGAUGUGCCUAAUGCCAUUCAUUGUGAUGUGCCUAAUGCCAUUCAUUGUGAUGUGUCUAAUGUCAUUCAUUGUGAUGUGUUUAAUGCCACUCAUUGUAAUGUUCUAAUACCAUUCAUUAUGAUGUGUCUAAUGCCAUUCAUUGUAAUGUGUCUAAUGCCAUUCAUUGUGAUGUGUCUAAUGCCAUUCAUUAUGAUGUGUCUGAUGCCUUUCAUUUCAUUGUGAAGUGUCUAAUGCCAUUCAUUGUGAUAUGUCUAAUGCCAUUCAUUAUGAUGUGUCUAAUGCCUUUCAUUGUGAUGUGUCUAAUGCCAUUCAUUAUGAUGUGUCUAAUGCCUUUCAUUGUGAUGUGUCUAAUGCCCUUCAUUAUGAUGUGUCUAAUACCAUUCAUUGUGAUGUGCCUAAUGCUAUUCAUUGUGAUGUGCCUAAUGCUAUUCAUUGUGAUGUGCCUAAUGCCAUUCAUUGUGAUGUGUCUAAUGUCAUUCAUUGUGAUGUGUUUAAUGCCACUCAUUGUAAUGUUCUAAUACCAUUCAUUAUGAUGUGUCUAAUGCCAUUCAUUGUAAUGUGUCUAAUGCCAUUCAUUGUGAUGUGUCUAAUGCCAUUCAUUAUGAUGUGUCUGAUGCCAUUCAUUUCAUUGUGAAGUGUCUAAUGCCAUUCAUUGUUAUGUGCCUAAUGCCAUUCAUUGUGAUGUGCCUAAUGCCAUUCAUUGUGAUGUGCCUAAUGCCAUUCAUUGUGAUGUGUCUAAUGCCAUUCAUUAUGAUGUGUCUAAUGACAUUCAUUAUGAUGUGUCUAAUGCCAUUCAUUAUGAUGUGUCUAAAGCCUUUCAUUGUGAUGUGCCUAAUGCCAUUCAUUGUGAUGUGUCUAAAGCCAUUCAUUGUGAUGUGCCUAAUGCCACUCAUUGUGAUGUGUCUAAUGCCAUUCAUUAUGAUGUGUCUAAUGCCUUUCAUUGUGAUGUGUCUAAUGCCAUUCAUUGUGAUAUGUCUAAUGCCAUUCAUUAUGAUGUGUCUAAUGCCUUUUAUUGUGAUGUGUCUAAUGCCAUUCAUUAUGAUGUGUCUAAUGCCUUUCAUUGUGAUGUGUCUAAUGCCCUUCAGUAUGAUGUGUCUAAUGCCACUCAUUGUGAUGUGCCUAAUGCCACUCAUUGUGAUGUGUCUAAUGCCAUUCAUUGUGAUGUGUCUAAUGCCACUCAUUGUGAUGUGUCUAAUGCCAUUCAUUGUGAUGUGCCUAAUGCCAUUCAUUGUGAUGUGCCUAAUGCCACUCAUUGUGAUGUGUCUAAUGUCAUUCAUUGUGAUGUGUUUAAUGCCACUCAUUGUAAUGUUCUAAUACCAUUCAUUAUGAUGUGUCUAAUGCCAUUCAUUGUAAUGUGUCUAAUGCCAUUCAUUGUGAUGUGUCUAAUGCCAUUCAUUGUGAUGUGUCUAAUACCUUUCAUUGUGAUGUGUCUAAUGCCAUUCAUUGUAAUGUGUCUAAUGCCACUCAUUGUGAUGUGUCUAAUGCCAUUCAUUGUGAUGUGUCUAAUGCCAUUCAUUGUGAUGUGUCUAAUGCCAUUCAUUGUGAUGUGUCUAAUGCCAUUCAUUGUGAUGUGUCUAAUGCCAUUCAUUGUGAUGUGUCUAAUGCCAUUCAUUGUGAUGUGUCUAAUGCCAUUCAUUGUGAUGUGUCUAAUGCCAUUCAUUGUGAUGUGUCUAAUGCCAUUCAUUGUGAUGUGUCUAAUGCCAUUCAUUGUGAUGUGUCUAAUGCCAUUCAUUGUGAUGUGUCUAAUGCCAUUCAUUGUGAUGUGUCUAAUGCCAUUCAUUGUGAUGUGUCUAAUGCCAUUCAUUGUGAUGUGUCUAAUGCCAUUCAUUGUGAUGUGUCUAAUGCCAUUCAUUGUGAUGUGUCUAAUGCCAUUCAUUGUGAUGUGUCUAAUGCCAUUCAUUGUGAUGUGUCUAAUGCCAUUCAUUGUGAUGUGUCUAAUGCCAUUCAUUGUGAUGUGUCUAAUGCCAUUCAUUGUGAUGUGUCUAAUGCCAUUCAUUGUGAUGUGUCUAAUGCCAUUCAUUGUGAUGUGUCUAAUGCCAUUCAUUGUGAUGUGUCUAAUGCCACUCAUUGUGAUGUGUCUAAUGCCAUUCAUUGUGAUGUGUCUAAUGCCAUUCAUUGUAAUGUGUCUAAUGCCAUUCAUUGUAAUGUGUCUAAUGCCAUUCAUUGUGAUGUGUCUAAUGCCAUUCAUUGUGAUGUGUCUAAUGCCAUUCAUUGUUAUGUGUCUAAUGCCAUUCAUUGUGAUGUGUCUAAUGCCAUUCAUUGUGAUGUGUCUAAUGCCAUUCAUUGUGAUGUGUCUAAUGCCUUUCAUUGUGAUGUGUCUAAUGCCAUUCAUUGUGAUGUGUCUAAUGCCAUUCAUUGUGAUGUGUCUAAUGCCAUUCAUUGUGAUGUGUCUAAUGCCAUUCAUUGUAAUGUGUCUAAUGCCAUUCAUUGUGAUGUGUCUAAAGCCAUUCAUUGUGAUGUGUCUAAUGCCAUUCAUUGUGAUAUGUCUAAUGCCAUUCAUUGUGAUGUGUCUAAUGCCAUUCAUUGUGAUGUGUCUAAUGCCAUUCAUUGUGAUGUGUCUAAUGCCAUUCAUUGUGAUGUGUCUAAUGCCAUUCAUUGUGAUGUGUCUAAUGCCAUUCAUUGUGAUGUGUCUAAUGCCACUCAUUGUGAUGUGUCUAAUGUCAUUCAUUGUGAUGUGUUUAAUGCCACUCAUUGUAAUGUUCUAAUACCAUUCAUUAUGAUGUGUCUAAUGCCAUUCAUUGUAAUGUGUCUAAUGCCAUUCAUUGUGAUGUGUCUAAUGCCAUUCAUUGUGAUGUGUCUAAUACCUUUCAUUGUGAUGUGUCUAAUGCCAUUCAUUGUAAUGUGUCUAAUGCCAUUCAUUGUAAUGUGUCUAAUGCCAUUCAUUGUGAUGUGUCUAAUGCCAUUCAUUGUGAUGUGUCUAAUGCCACUCAUUGUGAUGUGUCUAAUGCCAUUCAUUGUAAUGUGUCUAAUACCAUUCAUUGUGAUGUGUCUAAUGCCUUUCAUUGUGAUGUGUCUAAUGCCUUUCAUUGUGAUGUGUCUAAUGCCAUUCAUUGUGAUGUGUCUAAUGCCUUUCAUUGUGAUGUGUCUAAUGCCAUUCAUUGUGAUGUGUCUAAUGCCAUUCAUUGUGAUGUGUCUAAUGCCUUUAUUGUGAUGUGUCUAUAAUUCAUCUUAUUUCAGUCGAGGAAAGCAAGAUGAACAUAUGGUUGAUAAUUGCCCCGAUAUUUGCAUUUCUAAAUUUGACCCCCAAGGUCAAGGUCAAGCCAACAACAGCAGCAACGUGACUAACAUGUAAAUACAUUCGAGUCUUGAGUCUUACCUAUGUCUAUCUAUCUAUGUCUAUUUGUAUGUCUAUUUGUCUAUCGGUCUAAAUCUAUUUUCUAUGCCUAUCUGUUUAUGUCUGUCUAUGUCUAUCCGUCUAUGUCUAUUGGUUUACGUCUCUCUGUCUAUGUCUCUCUAUGUCUAUUUGUCUAUGUGUAUCUGUCUAUGUGUAUCUGUCUAUGUGUAUCUGUCUAUGUGUAUCUGUCUAAGUCUAUCUGUCUAUGUCUAUUUCUUGAUUGCAUUACACCAUUUCCUCCCAACGUUAAAUAAAAGGCAAUUAAAGAAUCCCUAAAAACAAGUUUUUCGAAUAAAUCCUUUAUAAAAUGUAAUAUACAGCAAGGGAGGGUAGGGCAAACAUUUGACACAAGUGGCGCACUUUUUAAGAGUCCACAUUAGUGCUCCCCCUCCCCCAUAUUGCAAACUCACAUUUUUCCACACCCCCGGGCUCCAGGUAAAGCUUGGAUUUAAGGCGUCAUCUGCCUUAAACUUUAAGAUUAUAUAUCAAUACACAUAUUUAGCAUUAGAAUUGACUAUGUUGGCAUCCUAUGAGAUAUGGAGCGGUUUCCACAUCGCGCCCCCCCCCAACCCCCCUCCCCCCCCCAUUCGCACGGCCCUGGACAUGACAAAGAAAUAUUUUUAACAUUUUUCAUUUAAACUGCAACAGAAUAUCAAAUAUAUCUUCUCCAUCUGGUUACCUGCUUCAUUCUAUAUCCACUGAACUGUGUUAAGUAUUUUUUGUAUCGUAAUGUUUCGUCUUUCUAACUGACAGAUACCACACCGUCACCAAUGCAAGCAAUGUUAUAAUUGGCAAUGGAGGUUUGAUCAGGAAAUGAUCCACACCAUAAAGUCAUGCCCUAAAUGACCAGUACCGGCUCCCAGUGCAUGUGCGAGGCUAGCGCUGCUCAGCCAUAAUAAUUUUAAAGCAAAGCUAGUAGUUUGAUCAUUUAUAUUUGUGUUAGAUGCCUUACAAUUUAUUUGAAAUCUUGGGGUGAAUUUCUUAUCAUUAAUUCCUUGGACACCAAGCAAUCUCUAUAUAACAAUGUGAUGCAACACUCAUGUAUGAUGUUACAAUAUGAGAAAAGAUGACGGGACCAAACUGCUGAAGAUCAUAUUGUUUAGACCAGUGAUUCUCGACGUGAGACUUAUCGCCCCCAGGGUGGCACGACAUGUUAGGGGUGGAGGCACAAAUAAAAGCAUAACGGAUUUUAUGUUAAUCACGGGGAAGUUUUAUAAUGUCACUUCCAGGGGAAAAGAGGG